GCUGUUUCCCCGCUGUUUGAUCCAGACGACCCGGAUGUUUGGCGGAAGCUGUCGGGCUGCAGGAUGCGCAGACAGCUGUUAACUCAAAACACACCAAACACCGUUUUAUUGACACUUUCAGCCAAACUGCGGCAACAUGCGUGACAGGCAGACGCGCGUGCACCAUGUCUAAUCGGCGUGGAACUAUCGAUUAGGCUCGUGGAAGAAGGUUAUCGGCAGUUCCCCGGCGCGUGGACGGAGUUUAAUAUGAGUGAAAUGAAUCAUCAGAGUGAGAGUGGACCUGCUGGAUGGAAGAGACAACAGAGAGCAGAUACACCGCUACUGCUGCUGAGCUAACAGGCUAACAGGCUAACAGGCUAACCGACAGCAUGAAGAGGGUUUAAUAUACUUUAUCAACAGCUUGACUCAGUGACAAUAACAGAAUAACUGCUGUCAGACAACAUGGACUCACUGCUUGACUUUGAGGAGUGUCUCAAAGACUCACCUGAGUUCAGACUGAAGCUGGAGCACUUUGAAGCGGAUGUUUCUGUGCUGGAGACACAACUGGACAAGGUGAUGAAGCUGUGCGGUAAGAUGGUGGAGGCGGGACAAGCGUACAAUGCAGCCAAUCAGCUGUUCCUGACCGGCCUGGCUGAACUCUCCAUGUACAACAAGAAGGACGGCGCCAUUACCAACUGUCUGAACCAGUUCAACCAGGGCCUGCAGGAGAUGGUCAGCUUUCACACUAUGUUGUUUGAUCAGACUCAGAGAGCCAUCAGCCAUCAGCUGACCAACCUCUGUACACAGUUCCUGCCCCAGAUGGUGGAGACCAGGAGAGAGUUUGUUCGGAUCGGGGAGGAUCUGGAGACGGCGGCGACGAAGAACGCUCAGGUGUCUCGCCACAAAGCUGGCGACGCAGAGCGGGCGAGUCAUCUGCUGCUCGCCACACGCAAAUGCUACCAACACUUUGCCCUGGACUACUGUCUGCAGCUCAACACCUUCAAGACUCAGCAGAGAAUUGACAUUUUAAACUCAGUGUUCUCCUUCGUCCACGCUCAGUUCACCUUCUUCCACCAAGGCUUCGACCUGCUCAGGGACCUGGAGCCCACCAUGAAAACCAUGGCAGCACAGUUGUCACAGUUAUCAACAGACUGUGCAGCUAAAAGAAAAGACCUGGAGAACACACACCUGCUGGUCCAGCAGAGAGACGCUUCAGGAGAGCCGAUGGUCAGCCCGUGUCCCGAGGGUGAUGACAUCAUCCAGGGUUACCUCUUCAAACGCUCCAGGAGGAAAUCCAAAACCUGGAAGAGAUGCUGGUUUUCCAUCAGAGACAACCAGCUCAUUUACAGAAAGUCACACAAGGAGGAGAACGUGGUUCUGUUUGAGGACCUCAGACUGUGCGCUGUCAAAUCUCUGGACCACAUCGACCGACGCUUCUGCUUUGAGCUGCUCUCCGUUCAGAAAUGCUGUGCUCUGCAGGCGGACUCGGAGCAGCUGAAGCAGGCCUGGCUCAGCGCUCUGCAGGGCAGCAUCGACCUCGCCUACAGAGAGACGGCCGACACUCAGCUCCCACAGCCUAAAGAGCCCCCCCCUCUCCUGUGUGGCGGGGACUGCUCCCCGGGCCCCCCCGCUCAGAGGCUGCCGGCGCUGGGCGUGGCCCUCAGGGGCCCCGGGAACCAUCUGUGCUGUGACUGCGGGGAGGAGGACCCUCGCUGGGCCUCCAUCAACCUGGGAGUCACCAUGUGCAUCGAGUGCUCCGGCAUACACAGGAGCCUGGGUGUCCACCUGUCCAAGGUGAGAUCUCUCACGCUGGACUCAUGGGAGGCGGAACAGCUGAAGCUGCUGUGUGUACUGGGAAAUAAUGUUAUAAACCGGAUCUAUGAGGCGCGAUGUUCAGAGGAAGGACGAGUCAAACCCAGAACCGACAGCCUGCGAGCGGAGAAAGAGACGUGGAUCAAAGAGAAGUAUGUGGAGAAGAGAUUUGUGCAGAACAGCAGCUCAGAUGGCGCUCAUCGUGAGAAGGACGGUGCCGGGCUGCGUCUGUAUCGGGCUGCGUUGGCAGGAGACCUGGUUGCCAUGGCAGCAGCGUUGGCGCAGGGGGCGGAGGUCAACGGGAGCAUCGGCGAGGAGGAGGGACGCACGGCGCUGAUAGGAGCUGCUGUCGGGGGGUCGCUGUUAGCCUGUGAGUUCCUGCUGCUGAACGGCGCAAACGUCAACCACCGAGACCUGCGAGGACAGGGGGCGCUGCACGCUGCCGCCACCGCCGGACACACUGGACAGGUGUGCCUGCUGCUGAAGAGAGGAGCCAAUCAGUACGCUGUAGACGAGAGAGGACAGGACCCAUUGGCCAUCGCCGUGGAAACCGCCCACGCUGACAUCGUCACACUACUGCGGAUGGCCAGGAUGAAUGAAGAGAUGAGAGAUUCAGAAGGAGUCUUUGGAGCUGUGGGAGACGACGAGACGUUUCAGGACAUUUUCCGUGACUUCAGCGACAUGGCUUCACACGACCCGGAGAGACUCAGCAGACGGCAGUUCAGCCGCGGAGGAGAGGAGGAGGAGGAGGAGGAGGCGGCGGCGGCGGCGGCGGCGGCGGCGGCGGGUGGAGGAGGAGAAAUGGUGAACAGCAAACACGGUGUUGAAAAGACGUCCGAAUGACAGAAACUGAGACUGGAAGCCCGUCGGACUGCAGACCCUAUGUAGACUCCUCACUCCAAAACCACUGCGUUACCACGGUAGCAGUCUGGACGGUCACUUUAACAUUUAGAAGAGUUGACUGACAGCUGAUGUGUAAAACUGUGCUGAACAUAUAAUAAUACAGUGUAGUAAAUUCUUUAUAAUAACAGUGUAAGUACACACAUGCUUUAUGUACAGUUACUGCGGUUGGAAAACGUGUUACCAGAGUUCAAGGUGACGGAGGAGGAGGAGGAGCUGCAGCCAGUGUUUAUUUUUAUCAUCAAUUAAUCUGCAGAUUAUUUUCUCCAAUUAACGUUUGGUCUUUGAGAUGUCAGAGAGUUGUGAAAAACAGCCAUCACAUCUUCGUUUCGUCCAGAAUCAUAUUCAGUAUCGUGUUAGAAAAGUAAACAAAUCGAAUAAUCGAGUAAUCGAACCUACAACACCACUCCCAGAAAUCGAUUUCAGUUUACGUACCGGCAGUUUGAAGUAUAUUACAUGACUCAAAACAUAAGUACGUCUCCUCGCUAACAUCGCUAACGUUUCAGCAUCGGUUUUAUUUUCUCUAAAACACUGAAACAUCGACGUUUUCUGUCUGUCACGUUAGUGCUAAUUAGCUAAUGUUAGCGUGCUAACACACUAAACUAAGAUGGUGAACAUGAUAAACACUUUGCUAAACAUCAGGGUGUUAGCAUUGUCAUUGUGAGCAUGUUAGCAUUUAGCUAAAAGCACCGCUGUGUCUAGUACAGCCUCACAGAGCUGCUAGCAUGGCUAGCAGACAGCCAGGCUAGCCGUUUCCCCCUACUUCCAGUCUUCAUGCUAAGCUAGGCUAACCUGACUCCGACAAUUCCUUUAACCACAUCGUCAUUUCAGCGCUAUUGUUACCGUGCUAAUCGUUGUUAGCAUGCUAAUAGUCAUUCAGCUGCUCAUAGAACAGGAAAUGAAUUCAGUUACUGUCAGAGAAACGUUACAGAGGACAACAACCUCGUACCUGUUAACGACCGAUGAUGUCACAAAGGGAGGCGGUCACCUGUCGUUAACGGGAUCUACGCCUUUAAAUGUUAUUUAAACAUAUGAAUAACUCAGGUCAGUAACUGUAAACACGUCACACUCAGGUCUGAGGUCACUUCCUGUCACGUCUGUCUGUAUUUAGUCGGCGCACUCUUGACUGUUGUUAACUACAUCAGUGAAAUCAGGUGUGUUUGUAUCGAAUAAAUCAAAGUGAAGGAUUGAAUUUAAAUCCCUCUCGUAACUAUAUAAAUAUUCCAACUGCUGUUAGACUCGGAUUCACUGAUAAUAUUGUCUCAACAGCAGUAGAAGGAAAAAACUGAAGCGCAUUGUGGACAGUGGUGAAAGCUCCGGGAACAGGAAGCACAGUAUGACGUCUUUGUUCAAAUAUUUUGCUCUUUAAAGUUAUAAUCCUUUGAAAUCAAACGCUGUUUUUAGUCUAUUUAUGGUCGCUAUUCUCUCAGCAAUAGCCAUUCAGUGUAUUUAUAUUAAAUAAUUAUCUCUCUGUGUAGUUUUCAUUGUUAGUAGCGGAGUCCGCCAUUCAGAUUGUUACUGUUUGUAAUUUGAUAUCAGCCUCACUAGUCAAGUUUUAACCAAAUGUCAUUUAAACAGAAUUUCCAUUAAAAUCGCCAAAAGAAAACCUGACUUGCAGCCGCUGCCAUCAAAGCAUCGCAGAAGAAGAGGACACGGCGAGAUGACAUCAUUAAAAGAGCUCCAGUCGAAGCUCAGACGAAACAUGACGUUUCUGUUAGUUUCGUGUGUUAAGAUUUUAAAAACGGAGCUGGAUUAGCUUACUGCUAAUGCUAACCCGACACUUCAACUUGACAAACAGCCACAGGAAACACAAUGUCACUGAGGUCAGCGCUGACCGCCAUCGUUAAGCAAAAAUGUGUCAACAAGACAAGACAACAGUCUAAACCCGGCGCCUACAUUACCCACAAUGCAGCUGGACCGCUGACAGUUGGGGUUCCCCCCUUUAAUCCGGCUCUGAUCCGUCUGCAGGCGAGCGAACGGUAAACUGAGAGGCUGGUAUCGGAUUACAAACGGUAACACUGAUUAACACGCCGCAUCGUUUCCUGUCGAUCCCUCAUGCGUGUCUGAAGGCAGCUAGAUGGCGGACCCCGCCGCUAACAAUAAAAACCACCGCACGGAGACGAUGACGAGACUGUAAACACGUUAAAUGCCGAAACGUGGUUUGGUUUCAUGAAAUCUUAAGGACUGAAACUCCCAAACAGUCUGAAAUGUUUCCGUGUAGACUUUUAAAUGUUUAUCCUGUAAGAAUUCGAACCCGGAGGUCUCGAUCCCUCGGUGCGCGGCGCCUCCGCGCUGCUGCUGACAGGAAGUCAUGUUGGGUGUUUUUUAAACUUUUAUUCCGUGUUUUGCGCCGUUUCCUCGUGUUGGGAUCAGAAAGGGAUUUAAUGAUUAGCUGCUGCUGUUUGACAUCAGACUGAAGUUACUUUUAUCUGUUUCUCAAGAAUUUUAGACGAGUUUCAACGCCACAAAAAAACGUUUGAGAUCCAGCCGAACUGAGCAGUUUGCCGCGAGUCUAAAAACUGUAAUGAAUAAAGACUGAAGUUGACCAACACACAGUAAAGACACGGCUGCUGUCACAUAACACAUCAUGUUUUCACUGGCAGGUUUUUAUUUAGAGUUAUAGAUUUUUUUUUUUUUUAGCGCCUCAGAGCGGCUGAAAACGUAACUGCAUCAUUUCAAAACGCGUCCUGGAAGUUUUUCUGUCCUGAGUUCAGACUGAAGGAGCAGGAAGUCGUGUGAAUUCUGCUUCAGGGUGGAUUUUCCUCUUUACUGAGAAUACAUUUCAUUCCAGACUGUUACUAAUGUGAUGCUAAUACUUAAUAAAAACCUCUUAAUACA